UUAUGAUUGGCUGUAGGGCAUAAGCCCGCCUCCAGGGUGACGUGUCUGCCUAUGGAUAUCAGUUGCCAGAGAAACCUGGCUUUACUAUGGCGGUUGGAGAGUCGGCAGUGAACACACGUCGUCGUCUCUCGGAAAGAACUGGAUCCUCGUUUCAGACUACCAUCAGAAAAACUAAGUUUGCUGUGUAGUGAGGAUCAGAUCUGAUCCUGAUUGCAGAACAGCCCUCAUUACAGAAUCUUGGAAGCAGCGGUUACUACUAGAACUGAAUUCUGAAAUUAUAACUUCUGACUUAUCCUAACACUCUAGAAAGGUUGUGUCUCUCACCUCAUCUCCACGACCAUCCCAGAAGAUCUAUAAAAUUCCAUCUGGGAAAACACUAGGAGUUCUUGGCAGGGAAAGAAGAGGAUUGUUGGUUGGAAUAAAAACAGGGUUGAAUGAGUUCCAGAAAGCAGGGUUCUCAAACCCGUGGACACCAAUCUGCCGAAGAAGACAAUUUCAAAAAACCAACUAGAAGCAAUAUGCAAAGAAGUAAAAUGAGAGGGUCCUCUGGAAAGAAGACAGCUGGUCCCCAGCAGAAGAAUCUGGAAGCAGCACUCCCAGGGAGAUGGGGGGGUCGCUCUGCUGAGAACCCCCCAUCAGGGUCGGUGAGGAAGACCAGAAGGAACAAACAGAAGACCCCUGGAAAUGGAGAUGGUGGCAGCACCAGCGAAGCACCCCAGCCACCUCGGAAGAAAAGGGCCCGGGCAGACCCCACAGUUGAAAGUGAGGAUGCUUUCAAGAAUAGAAUGGAAGUUAAGGUGAAGAUUCCUGAAGAAUUAAAACCAUGGCUUGUUGAGGACUGGGACUUAGUCACCAGGCAGAAGCAACUUUUCCAACUCCCAGCCAAGAAAAACGUGGAUACUAUUUUGGAAGAAUACGCCAACUGCAAAAGAUCGCAAGGCAAUGUUGACAACAAGGAGUAUGCAGUUAAUGAGGUGGUGGGAGGGAUAAAAGAGUAUUUCAACGUGAUGUUGGGCACCCAGCUGCUCUACAAAUUUGAGAGGCCCCAGUAUGCCGAAAUUCUCUUGGCUCACCCUGAUGCGCCGAUGUCUCAGGUUUAUGGGGCACCACACCUCCUGAGAUUAUUUGUAAGAAUUGGGGCAAUGUUGGCAUACACACCCCUUGAUGAGAAGAGCCUUGCAUUAUUGUUGGGCUAUUUGCAUGAUUUCCUGAAAUACCUGGCAAAAAAUGCUGCGUCCCUGUUCACUGCCAGCGAUUAUAAAGUGGCUUCUGCUGAGUACCACCGCAAAGCCCUGUGAGGGUCUACUGACCACUCGCUGUUACGUCUGGUAUCUGUAAACGCUCUUUUUGUUCUUAGUCUUUUUUCUUGUAUAAUUGAUACUCUUUAAAAUUGUUAAUGUAUAACAGGGCUUAUGUUUCAGUUUUCUGUUUUCUCCUAAACAGAAAAUAAAAGGAGUGUAAGCUCCUUUUCUCAUUUCAAAGUUGCUACCAGUGUAUGCAGUAAUUAGACAAAGAAGAAACAUUCAGUAGAACAUUUUAUUGCCUAGUUGACAACAUUGCUUGAAUGCUGGUGGUUCUAUCCCUUUGACACUACACAAUUUUCUAAUAUGUGUUAAUGCUACGUGAAAAAUGCCCUGAUUCCUAGUGCCAAAGGUUCAACUUAAUGUAUAUACCCGAAAACCCAUGCAAUUGUGCUUUUUUUUUUUUAUGGUGCUUGAAGUAAAACAGCCCAUCCUCUGCAAGUCCAUCUAUGUUGUUCCUUAGGCAUUCAUUCUAUCUUUGCUCAAGUUGUUGAAGGAUGGUGGUUUGUUUCAUGGUUUUUGUAUUUGAGUCUAAUGCACGUUCUAACAUGAUAGAGGCAAUGCAUUAUUGUGUAGCCAUGGUUUUCCGGAGAAGUUGAUAUUUUAGGAAUCGUAUUUCAGAUCUUAAAUAAAAUUUGUUUCUAAAUUUCAAAGCAA